AUAACGGUGUUUUUGAAAGUAUCAGAAGGCGAAUUAUGAAGUAUACUUUUUAUCUAUAAAAUAAUUAAUUUGAACGGAGUUUCUUUUUAUAUAAGCACAUAUUUCUUUUAAUUUGCUUAUUCCUAUUUUUGAUCGAAGGAGAUACAUAAUAAUUCUACAAAGCACCAGUUUGAUAGAUUAGAUUUUUCAAAAGUAUUAUCUGAUGUCCACUGCUACUGAUAAUGUUUUAGCCUUUAAAUAAAGCCGUGCGCUACACUAUUGCUUCCAGUUAAAGAUGUCGAUUUGGCUGGUAACAUUCGUGGCGUUCUUCGCCGCCUUGGCUCAAGGUAAGCCCGGUUAUGGACCCGGUGAUCAGGACUGGGGCUACGUGGACGUGCGUCCAGGUGCUCACAUGUUCUACUGGUUGUACUACACCACCGCCAAUGUGUCUAGUUACACGGAAAGACCGCUAGCCAUUUGGCUUCAGGGAGGUCCCGGGGCCUCUUCCACAGGAUACGGAAACUUUGAGGAACUGGGACCCGUUGAUCUGUACGGCGACUGGCGCAGUUGGACCUGGGUGAAGGAUAUGAAUGUCCUGUUCAUCGACAAUCCCGUGGGCAGCGGCUUCAGCUAUGUGGAUAAUACGGCUCACUACACAGCCACCAAUAAGGAAAUUGCCCUUGAUUUGGUUGAGCUGAUGAAGGGCUUUUAUACCCUGCACCCAGAAUUCGAGGAGGUACCACUUCACAUCUUUUGCGAAAGUUACGGUGGAAAGAUGGCUCCGGAGUUUGCUCUGGAACUGUACUACGCCAAGGAACGUGGAGAGGUUAAGAGCAACUUGACGUCAGUGGCUUUGGGUGACCCUUGGACCUCGCCCAUUGACUCUGUACUGGCCUGGGGACCUUUUCUCAAGGAAAUGGGAAUUGUGGACCACGAGGGAUAUAAUGCCAUUCAGGAGGCCGCCAACUUUACCGCGCAAUUGGUAGAGGAGGAGCGAUGGAUUCAGGCCACCUACCAGUGGGGCAACACCCAGUGGGAGGUGAUGAAGGCCUCCAAAGGCGUGGACUUCUACAAUAUCUUGAAGGAGACGAAGGGAGGGCUCUACCAGAGACAAACUGCCAUGACUCCCGAAGAACGUAUAUAUCGCACCAUGGUGAAGUACGACAUUGACGAGGACCGCACUAAGUUGCUGGAGGAACUGAUGCGUGGUCCAGUGGCCGAAACCCUGGGCAUCCCCUCUAACGUUGUUUGGGGAUCGCAGAGCGGUACCACUUUCGACAUUCAUAGAACCGACUUUAUGAAGCCUGUUAUCCACAUUGUGAACGAACUGCUGGAGAAAACUCCUCUGAAGGUGGGUGUAUUUUCCGGUGGCCUUGAUCUGAUUUGUGCUACUCCCGGCACCGUAAACUGGAUAGCCAAAUUGGACUGGAGUCGACGGGACGAAUACCUUGCUGCUCCACGUAACUCCAUUACUGUAGACCGCAUUUUGGAGGGCUAUCAAAAGUCAGGCGGAAACUUCACCAUGUUCUGGAUCAACCGAAGUGGUCACAUGGCUCCUGCGGACAAUCCAGCGGCCAUGAGUCACGUUCUGCGAGAGUUCACCUCUUUUGGAUAGAUUUAUUAUUUUUAAAACAAUAAAGCCAGUAUAUACUCCAAUUGUUAACUGCUUUGUUUAAAAAUAAAAAGCAUUUUUGAUUGCUUAA